AUGAAUUUCGAAACCAGGAAAGCUGACACUUCAUUCCAGAGCUACGGCGUGUUUCUAGCAUAUUUCACUUCGAAUUCAACCAUCGUCGGGGCCAGAACCUUAGACUAUGCUUUCAUUGGAGGUCUCGCCGCAUCACAAGCACUCGUGAUCUCCCCUCUAGUCACAUUCCUCCAUCACAAUUUCGGCAUCAAAGUGACAAUGGCACUCGGUGUCUUCUUUGAAACUGUGGCACUGCUCGGAGCCUCUUGGAGCAAGGAAAUCUGGCAGCUUUAUCUGAGUCAAGGAGUUUGCUUUGGCUGGGGACUGGGGUUGCAGUAUCUUUCGACAACAUAUCUGAUCCCCCAAUGGUUCGACAGAAAGCGCAGCCUCGCGGCGGGCAUCUGCACUGCUGGUAGCGGAGCUGGCGGACUCAUCUAUUCCCUAGCCACACAUGCAAUGCUGACGCGAUUCGGCAGUCCGUGGUCUUAUCGUAUCAUAGCGUUCUCGCAAUUGACAGUCAACGCAAUGUGCGUCCUAGUCGUUCGAGACAGGAGCGUGCGAGAGUCUAAUACUUACCACAUGCCGAAGAUCAACUUCAGGCUUUACUUUCGUUAUGAAAUGUGGUUGUUUAUCGGAUGGAGCUUCUUCAGUGUCAUGGGGUUCAUGGUUAUUUGGUUUUCGUUGGCAACAUACGGCCGAAGUAUUGGCCUGACUUCCACGCAAGGCUCUAUCGUUACCGCAGUCAUGAAUGUUGGACAGAUGUUCGGUCGUCCUGCGGUGGGACUCCUCAGCGAUCGAGUUGGGCGGAUCAAUAUGGCUGCUUUUGCUACUUGCAUCAGUGGUCUGCUUUGCCUUUUACUAUGGGUAUUUGCUCGAACCUACGCAUCACUCAUAGCAUUUGCUUUGUUUGCUGGUAUAUUCUUCGGCACCUUUUGGACUGUGGUGGGCCCCUUAGGUGCUGAAGUAGUUGGUCUUGGUGAGCUUCAAUCAGCUUUGACUAUCAUGUGGUUGACCUGCGCAAUACCUGCAACAUUUGGUGAGGCCAUUGGGCUUGAACUUCGAACGUCUGGGACACACGAAUACCUAGGCACGCAACUGUUCACUGGUUUCUUAUAUAUAGGAGCUUUCUUGUUCUUGGUGUUACUACGAGGCUGGAAGCUUAAAAAACGUCAGGAAGUGUUUUCAGACACAAAUUCACUGGGGUCUGGCGGUGAUACUGGUGCGGUGGAAGAGCUCGUAAUAUUUCCCCCGCGCAAAAUCCUCCAUGAGAAUGUCAGACAUCUCAUAUCUUGGGGGAAGGUCUGA